CACAUCUAGGUGGGUCCCUCCAACAACCGUACGAAACAGUACUCCAUGACCUUUUCUAAAGCUCCGGCGGUUUCCUGGAACCCACGCUCUUCGACUCUAUUCUCCGGUUCAUCUCUCUCUUCUUGCCACGUGUUCUCUCCAGUGUCCCCUCCGUACACCUUCACUGUUCGAUUAUAGCCACCGAAACAGGCCGCAAUGCAACGGUCUAAAACCACUCUCACCGCCGUUCCAUUUCCAUAAGUCCAUAACCAUCUCUCUCUCUCUGUCUCUGUAAUUUUUUUGGCUCAACAAAAACUCCGAUUUACUUCUUCUCCAUAACCCGAAACAAAACACCGAGAUAAUAAUCCGGACGAGUAAAACCCGAGUCGGUUGGUUUCGGAUUCUCUCCAAAACUACCCACCUGACCUGAGCACGAAAACCCCAAUCCUAAAUUUCACCAAAGAAGGAAAAAGAAAACAAAAACGUUAAUUUUCACGAACAAAACAAAAACCCAUUGUAAAUGUCGUCGCUUUCUGUAUUAACCGAAGACCUGCUGAUCCGAGUUUAUAUCAAACUCAGCUCCGACAAGGACCGGAAGACGUGGCGACUUGUAUGCAGGGACUUCCUCCGAGUCGACUUGGCGAGCCGGCGGUCCCUCCGAGUCCUCCGCUUCGAGUUCCUACAGAGCCUGCUCUCCAAGUACACAAACCUCGACUCCCUCGACCUCUCGGUUUGCCCGCGAAUCGAGGACGGGACCGUGUCGGUCUUACUCUCUCGGCCCGAGUCAAAGAAUUGGACCCGGUACUUGACCCGGCUCACACUGAGUCGGGCAACCGGGUUGAGAUACUCCGGGUUGGAGAUGCUGGCACGUGCGUGUCCGUGUCUGGAGGCACUGGACGUGUCUCACUGUUGGAAGUACGGCGACAGAGAGGCCUCUGCGAUAUCGUGCGCCAAAGGGUUGAGGGAGCUGAGGAUGGAUAAGUGCGUGGGAAUUAGCGAUGUUGGGUUGGCGAAGAUUGCGGUUGGGUGUGAGAGACUGGAGAGGCUGAGCUUGAAGUGGUGCAUGGAGAUCUCUGAUCUGGGUGUCGAUCUUUUGUGCAAGAAGUGCUUCGGCUUGAAGGCUCUUGAUGUCUCAUAUCUAAAGGUUACAUGUGAAUCUCUACGUUCAAUUGCUUCUCUGCCGAAACUGGAGGUUUUGGCCAUCGUGGGGUGCCCUUUAGUAGAUUAUGUUGGAUUGUGGUUUCUCGAAAAUAGAUGCCCAUUGCUACAGGUGAUUGAUAUUUCGAGGUGUGAUCUUGUUAAUUCCUCGGGUUUAAUGUCAGUAGUUAGAGGACAUAGUGGUCUUCUGCAGCUCAAUGCUGGAUACUGUUUUUCGGGGCUUACGGCAAUGGCUCUCCACUGCUUGAAGGACUUGAAGAACCUGAACACAAUAAGAAUUGAUGGUGCUCAAGUUUCUGACUCAAGCUUUCAGAUCAUCAGCACCAAUUGCAAGUCGUUGGUGGAAAUUGGGUUGAGCAAAUGCAUUGGUGUGACAAACACGGGCAUCAUGCAGCUAGUAUCAGGCUGUGUAGAUUUGAAGAUUGUCAAUCUAACGUGUUGCCGCUCCCUCACUGAUGCAGCCCUUUCUGCUUUAGCAAACUCUUGCAGGAACCUUGUGUGCCUAAAGUUAGAGUCUUGUGAUAUGGUCACUGAGAAGAGUCUCGAUCAGCUUGGAUCAUGUUGCUUGCGACUCGAGGAGCUUGAUCUCACGGAUUGUUGUGGGGUAACUGACAAAGGACUGCAAUAUUUGUCUAGAUGUUCAGAACUUUCAUGCUUGAAAUUAGGACUGUGUACAAACAUAACAGACAAGGGAUUGGCUUAUAUCGCUUGUAAUUGUACAAAAAUUACUGAACUUGAUUUAUAUCGCUGUACUGGUAUAGGAGAUGAUGGAUUCGCUGCGCUAUUGAGUGGUUGCAAGAAGUUGACGAAGCUGAACUUGUCAUACUGCAGUGGGGUUACCGACAGGGGGAUGCAGUAUAUCGGCUACUUUGAGGACCUCGCCGACCUGGAGAUGCGUGGACUUGUCAACAUCACAAGUAUGGGUUUGACAGCGGUUGCAGCUGGGUGUAAGAGACUGGCAGAUUUGGAUUUGAAACAUUGUGGAACGAUUGAUGACCCAGGCUUCUGGGCACUUGCUUACUACUCACGGAAUAUGCGACAGAUAAAUAUGAGCUAUUGCUCUGUCUCAGAUGUGGGGCUGUGCAUGGUGAUGGGGAACCUAACACGCCUGCAGGAUGCCAAGCUGGUGCACCUCACGAAAGUCACAUUAAAAGGGUUUGAGCUUGCACUUAGGGCAUCCUCUGUGCGGAUCAGAAAGGUUAAGUUAAUUAGACCGCUCAGAUGCUUACUUUCUUCAGAGAUACUUGAGACCCUGCAUGCAAGGGGUUGCAAGAUUAGAUGGGAUUAAACUACACAUCUCAAACUCAAAGUAUAUUUGCAAGUCAGAAACAAUUUUCUUGAAAAUCUUGCAGGUACCCUACUCUUUUGGGAAAAGGGUUUCACCGAAAGGUUGGUUUUUUUAAGUUGUCACAAUAGAUUAAUACCACAAUGGCAUAAGAAAGCAGUUUUUUGUUUGUUUAUUUUGACCUUUUUGUGUGUGUUUUGAUUCUUCACCCCCUUGUCCCUUCUUGUUUUCUUUCUUUUCAUGGGACUAAGCCUUGCUCAAUGGCCAAUUUAGAGCCAUAUUGGUUGAGGCAGGAUGUAUAACUUGAAUUUCUUUUCAAUUCAAUUAGGAAUUUAAAUUU